GGGCAUAGGUGGGGAGCCCGGCAGGGGCUGGGGGUGCAGGGCAGAGCAGCCUUUCUUCCUGCUGACCUUUCCCCUCUUCUAGCCUUCUUUGUCCCAUCUUCUGUCCCCUGCUAGCCUCUGCAGGCUGGCCAAUCAGCGACCUCGCUAGGGGAAACAAGCCCUGUUUGGUUCCAGUAGAACAAUCUGGUUGAAAGGUGAGCUGCUGGGGCCUGACCCUGGCUCAGCCAACUGCAGAGCUUGGGGCGAAGUUAUCCAGGAACUAUGAGGAAGUGAGCGAGGCCCUCAUUCUCCAGCCCAGCAGCCUGCUCUCCUUGGAAAGGCCCACAGACCCGCCUUGUGGAGGCUCUGCGUGCAAAGCCAGGACCAGAGCCCAGAUGAUCGUGCUAGGGAAGAGUGCCAUGUUCUACUCACAAUGACUGCAGCGUAGAGCCCCUAAUUGUGACUUUGACCUUCCCUCUUCUCGUGUCCAUUGGAGCGUCACUAGGAGGCGUCACAGGGCAUGGCGCAGAUGGAGGGAAAUACCCAGCCUGAGAGCGCCUCCCAGCAGCCCUACGUCUUCAAGGUGGUUCUCCUGGGGAGCAGUUCUGUGGGCAAGUCGAGUCUGGCCUUCCGACUCAUCAAGAAUGACUUCAAGGAAAUCCUGCCCACACUGGGCUGUGCCUUUUUCACUCAGAUGAUGGAAAUAGAUGGCUCAGCCUUAAAACUGGAGAUCUGGGACACUGCGGGGCAGGAGAAAUAUCACAGCGUCUGCCACCUCUAUUUUCGGGGAGCCAAUGCCGCUGUCUUGGUCUAUGAUAUUGCAGACAAGGAUUCUUUCCGCAGGGCCCAGAACUGGUGGAAGGAGCUGGAGAACGAGUUUCAACCUGAAGAAAUUGUGGUGAUUUUGGUAGGCAACAAGACGGAUCUUGAGGCUUCUCGGGAAGUGACCCUUGAGGAGGGAAAAGCAUUUGCAGAAAGUAAGAAGUUAUUGUUCAUGGAAACCUCAGCCAAAUUAAACUACCAAGUGACUGAAGCCUUCAUUGCUGUAGCUCGUGAAUUGUUGAGAAGGGAAGAAGAGAAUGGAGGCCAGAGUCAGCAGAGGAGCCCCUCAGUGGAUCUGAAGGAGACAGCCAGAGCAAGGAAGGGCAAAUGCUGCCAGGACUAGGGGGAGGCAGGCGCCGUGGGGAGCCCUUCCCUUGCUCUGGCUUCCUGCUGGGCUCCGGUCAUGAACAUGAGUCUUCCAGCCAAUUCCUCAAAUUGCCUUUGCCUUGCCUGAUGGAUAGACCCACCCUGGCUAUGGCGGUGUGGACCUCGAAGGUUGACUGUUGAUGUGCUGGACUUGCUGUCUUGCAGGUUCCCCUCCCAGGAAUCGGAGGAAAAUAACUGGGCCUCAAAGGAAUGCUUCCCGAUGGAGCCUGUAGGGGAGGAAUGGGCCGGGGCCUCGUGCUUCUGGGAACACUCCAUGCCUCCAACCCCAGACAGCUUCUCAGGGACACCACGGCCUCUCCCUCCCAGGGCAUCACUGAUUCAGGGCCAAAGAGGAGCUCGGAUCUGACCCAAGAGCGCCUGCCUCACCUGGUGGUUGAGAGGUUCAAAUGAGGUAGUCAAUCAAUCCAUGAGUAUUUAUUAAGCACCUGCUACGUGCGAGACACUGCGCUGGGUACUGCAGAUGCAAAGAAAAUGAAACGGUCCCUGUCCUUUAGGAGCUUCCAUUCUGUCAGGGGACUGACGUAAAUAACAUGGAAAGUGCCUUGGGAAGCUUAACCAAAUGAAUGUGAGCUGUCGUCAUCAUUGCUGGAAGGAAUCCCUGGUGUGGGCCCCUCGUUUUCAGAUGGUUAAUAAGUGGCAGGGCCAGGAUUUGAACCCAGGCCCUCAGAUUCCAAAGCCUCUUAGAUCAUGUUUCUAAUAAAUGAACCCCUGAAAUAACACUUUACUGAUAUUGAGAAGCAUUUGGUCCCCGGGCUAAGUGGCCAGACAGCUUUCAAGCCCAGACAAAGCCUUCCUGUCCCUUGCCUUGUCUUGGGCCUGAUUUUUGUCUCUUGGGCCAUAAAGGCUGGUGUUGGGUUGGGGCGAUGGUGCCCUCUGCAGAGCUCUGUGGGAGGAGGGAUGGAAGGACCAGAGAGACAGAUGGAAGCUCAGUGGAACUAACAAGUUUCUAAGAGAGCGGGUCAAAGGUGGAAUGGGCUGCCUCCCAAAGGAGUGAGCUCCGCGUCACUGGAGGUCUCUGAAUGGAGCCUGGGUACUACUUGUGAGUCAUGUUACAGAGAGUGUUCCUGUCCAGGACGGCCUCUGCCAUCCCUUUUAAUCCUGCGAUUGUGUGAUUAUUAAAGAAAACACCAACACCUGGUUUUGGUUCUGCACCUGCCAGGAAGACCAACGAUAACGCUGUGCAGUUGAGGCAAUGUGGCCAGCUGUAUAGAGAGCCAGCUUUGGGGUUCAAGUCCUGCCUCUAACACCCGCUGGCUGUGUCAGCCUGGGAAAGUCCCACCUUCUCAUUAUCUUCCAGGAGAUUCUCUACAACUGUUAGUUAUCUUGGUCACUGAUCUGAGUUCAUGGAGGGACUUUUCACAUUGGGAGUUACCUACAAGGAGCUCCAAGCCUUGACCAAAGUAAUAGGCCAUCUUGCAUCUUCAGUCGUUGACCCGUGAAGUGUUUCUGUGGCCAUUUUGUUCAUUCCUUUCCUUAUUUAGAGCUAAUGUGAAUGAAGCCAAGAUGAUGAGAUCGGUCCUUGGGGUGGCCAGAUGGCUCCCCCUACCUGUGAGCACAUCCUACAGAUUGGGUGUGCAGGGGAAGCUGAAAGCCUGGACCCCUGGGCUCGUCCAGCUGAUUGUCUGGUGAGAAGCAGUGUGAAGUCUCUACAGUGGCCUGGGGUCGGCUCUGCCACGUAGCAACGGCGAGACACUGGGCAGGUCAUUUUUACCUCUCAUUUAGAAGCGUUUUCCUCAUGUAUAAAACAGUGAGAAUAAAACUUACCCCAGUCACCUCAGGUGGAGUUUUGAGGGCAGGGCCUUGGAAUGACUCCCAUUUCCAUGGAGCUUGAGGGUCUAGGGGUCUUUUAAAGCGUCGUUCUCCUCCACCCCCGGGAUCGACCGUCAUUCUGAGUGGGCCUCCCAGGGAGCAAGCAGAGAAUUUAAUGUCUCUGUGGGGUCCCAGGGGAAGCCCGGCUUCCCAAGGGGGUGGAACGUCUCCAAGGUUGACUCCAGACGAGAGACAGGAGAAGGGGCUUUCUUCUGCUUCCUUGCAGAGGUGGGGGAGGGGUGUAGAAUGCUGCCUAUAGUACGAGAUUUUUCUGAUAUGUUGGUUAGUUUCGCUGACUGUUCUUCUCCCUCUUUUUUAUUCUUCGUUAGAGGGGACGGUUCUCUGAGAGGAGGGAUACCUUGGGAAAUGGAGGUGAUGUGAAAAAAAACCAUGAAUACAACUUCAUUUUUUAAAAGUUGGAA